AUGCGUGCCAAGAUGCAGGCUGAGCUGCGCGAGCAGCUCGACGCGCUGCAGAUUUCGAUGGAGGCAGAGGCGAGGCGCGCUGAUGCCGCAGCCGAGGCGGAAGAGCUGCUGCGCGUGCAGAGCACAGGCCACAGCGUUGCGCGAGCGUUGGAGAGGCCAGCCUCCGGCUUCUCAGCGUGUCGCGAGUGCUGUGUCUCUAUCUGCCUGGUGGAUGGGUGUGGUGGGGGACUCCUGGUGGCUUUUGGUUACAAAUUUACGGAAUUACGGAUCAGCAAGGCGGCUGCGUUCCGCGGCAAGACCAUCGGCGCGCCCACCGCCGCAGCGGCCUCCGGCCCCUCGACCACCUAA